ACUAGCAAAAUAAUCACAUUCUCUUUGCUUUUUUCAUUCUCAUGUGACUUUGCAGCUUUUUUCCAACCCCAAAGUCUCAUUCCUUCUGCUCCAUCAAGGCCAGAAGAAUAAACAUGCAGGUGGAUCUGGUCCCUGGGGCAAUAAUACUGUUUGUUCUCUUUCUGCUCAUAUUCUGGGCCUUCCGGUUUCAGCAAGCAAGAGUCAGGCUCCCUCCGGGUCCCAGGCCCUGGCUCUUUCUGGGGAAUGUACUGCAAAAAGAUAUUUUCCCUCUGCAUAAAACCUACACAAAGCUCAGUAAGAAGUAUGGUCCAGUUUUUACUCUCUGGAUAGGAACAAAGCCACUCGUUGUGAUUUGCGGAUAUGAGGCAGUGAAAAGUGCUUUGGUAACUCAUAGUGAAGAAUUUGGUGGACGACCUUCAGUACCUAUCCUCCAUCAAGUAACAAAGGGCAAUGGGCUUAUUAGUGAAUACAAGAAAUGGAAGGUUAUGCGUCGUUUUACUCUCACCACAUUACGGAACUUUGGAAUGGGACGGAAGUCAAUGGCUGAACGGAUGUUGGAAGAAGCCCACUAUUUGGUGAAGAAGUUAACAACCUUUGAAGGUCAAUCCUUUGACAUAGUCCCAUCCAUCACAUCUGCUGUUUCUAAUGUUAUGUGCUCUGUUGUCUUUGGGAAUCGAUUCUCUUAUGAAACCAAAAUCUCUGAACUAUUGGAAAUCUUACAGGCAUUCUCAGGAUUCUUUGUGAGUCCUUUAGGAACGGUGUACAGCGCUUUACCAAAUAUAAUGAAUUUCUUUCCUGGACCUCAUAAGAAAGUUUUCUCUGACUGUAACAAGAUCUGUGACUUCAUUAGAAAUGAAGUGGACACUCACAAGAAGACCCUGGAUCCAGACAAUCCUAGAGACUUUAUUGAUUGCUUCCUUCUUAAAUUAGAAAAGGAAGAAGAUUCUUCUGUUCUCUCUACUGAAGAUUUGGUCAUGUCUGUGUUUGAGCUUUUCACUGCUGGGACAGAUAGCACAAGCAGUGUGAUCUCAUAUGGUCUUAACCUUCUAGCCAAGUUCCCAAAUAUCCAAGCAAAAGCCCAGGAAGAAAUAGAUGAUAUUGUGGGGACAAACCGUAAUCCUUCCAUAGAGGAUAGAAUGAAUCUGCCCUAUAUCAAUGCGUUGGUUCAUGAGGUCCUACGUUUUCCGCAAGCAAGCAUUGAGAACUUCCCACGUAUGACAACCCAGGAUGUGAAUUUCAAAGGACACUUCAUCCCUCAGGGCACAACUAUUCUUACAUUAGGAAUUUCAGUACAUUUUGAUCCUCUCUGCUGGGAAGAUCCUACGAAGUUUGACCCAGGUCAUUUCUUGAAUGAGAAGGGUAAAUUCCAAAAGAAGGAUGCCUAUUUGCCUUUCUCUGCAGGGAAGAGAGCAUGUCCAGGAGAGGCGUUGGCAGAUAUGGAAAUCUUCCUGUUCUUUGUCGUUCUGCUCCAGCAUUUCACUUUUGAAUUGACAAUGGACCCUGAAAAAAUAGACUUAGAGGCUUUGUUUAAGGAAAGUAGGAAGAAUGGGAAGUAUCGCUACUUACGGGCCAUCAAACGUAAAAUUUAAAUGAGCAACAGAAAUAAAUAUUUUUUCAACUUUCACCAGCCCAAAUCUAUAUUUCUAAAGCUAGAUGUAAGGUUCUAAAAGUAUCUAAAAGUAUUUGCAUUAAGGGACCUGAAAUACUUGUGGGAAGAAUUUAUAAAUUUAUAUAACAGUGUUAGAAAUACUGUAUAGGGAAUCAUAUGUUCACGUACCCAGGUCUUCAACAAAUAAAACAUUUGAUUAAUGAAACAAAGUAGCAAAUGUUGCAUGGAAAAGCUGGCAAGCGAUAAUAACAAUAUUGUUUAAACUUACAGCAAAGGUUCAAAUUAAUUAAUUAAUUUUAUUUCAAAUUGUAAACACAUACAAAAUUCAAUUAACAUAAU